AUGCCGUUUGGACAGUUAGUACUCGGCAGUCCCGGUGCAGGAAAGAGCACAUAUUGCGAUGGCAUGCAGCAGUUUAUGGGCGCCAUCGGGCGACAAUGCUCGGUAGUCAACCUCGACCCUGCGAACGACCACACCAACUACCCAUGCGCGCUCGACAUUCGCGACCUUGUCACUUUGGAGGAGAUUAUGGCAGACGACAAAUUGGGCCCCAAUGGCGGUAUUCUGUACGCACUUGAAGAGCUGGAAAAUAACAUGGAAUGGCUCGAGAACGGCCUCAAGGAGCUUGGAGAAGACUAUGUGCUUUUUGACUGCCCCGGUCAAGUCGAGCUCUACACCCACCACAACUCGUUACGCAACAUCUUUUACCGGUUACAGAAGCUGGGCUACAGGCUGGUAGUUGUCCACCUUUCCGACUGCUUCUGCCUCACACAACCAUCGCUCUACAUCUCCAACGUCCUCCUGUCUUUGCGCGCCAUGUUGCAGAUGGACCUUCCCCACAUCAACGUCCUGACCAAGAUUGACAAGAUCUCGUCCUACGACCCUCUUCCAUUCAACCUCGACUAUUACACCGAAGUACAAGACCUGCGGUACCUCAUGCCGUCCCUCGACGCGGAGUCGCCUGCCCUGAAGAAAGGCAAGUUCACCAAGCUUAACGAGGCCGUUGCGAAUAUGGUUGAGCAGUUCGGCCUUGUCAGCUUCGAGGUGCUGGCAGUCGAGAACAAGAAGAGUAUGAUGCAUCUGUUGCGCGUGAUUGACCGUGCAAGUGGGUACGUCUUUGGCGGCGCUGAGGGAACGAACGACACCGUCUGGCAGGUUGCUAUGCGCAACGAGUCGUCAUUGCCCGAUGCCCUUGAUAUUCAAGAGAGGUGGAUCGAUAACAAAGAAGAGUAUGACGAGAUGGAGCGGAAGGAGGAGGAAGAACAAGAAAAACUGCGGGCGAAGCAGGCACGGGCCGCUGAAGAAGCAGGUCUCGGUGACGGCUCGGUCCCUGGAGUGGCGCCACAGUUCACCAGUGGCUCGGGAAUCCGUGUGACGCGUAAGCAGAACACAUGA